GCCAACGAGUCCGUGCUCGCGUUCUCGGCGGGUACGUACUCCCGUGCGUUCUCGGCGGGUACGUACUCACCGAGCACGCGAGUACGUACUCGCGUACUUGGGCAUUGAUAAACGGCCCAUGUGAGCAGGCUUACCCCAAACCUUUCCCAUCCCCGCAAACACUUCCCUCCAUGAAUGCCGAUAGUGUUGUACGUGUGCUGUGUUUCCAUUGGUUAUUGGUAAACGGAAGUUUAACAACAGACACGCCGGAUAGACGUAACUCACCGAAAUGAAAGUAAAAGGCAACCGCUAAGAGGCUCUCCUGUGUUUGUGCUCGGUCCGUGUCAACAUGAGCUCUUUACGGUUUAACAGCGUUUUGUUAGAGAUUUCUAACGCCAUGUCUGCUGAUCAGCUGAAUGAAAUAAAGUUCCUGGUUCAACAAGAGAUCGGGAAAAGAAAUCUGGAAAAAAUCGGCAGCGGUCGGGAACUCUUUCAGCUUUUCAGGGAAAGAGGCAAACUGGCAGAAGAUAACACGGCCUUUCUUUCAGAGCUUCUCAAAGAAAUUAAGCGACAAGAUCUCUCGGACAAGAUAGACAACUUCAAUAUUCAGCCCGAACCUGACGAUGGCCUGAGUGAGGAGGAGAAAGCAAAACUGAAAAUUGCCACAGAGGUAAUUGCAGAAAAUCUUGGAAAGAGUUGGCGAAAACUAGGCCGCAAAUUAGGUUUGAGUGAAACCAAGCUGGAGUCCAUCUCUAAGAAGCAUCCAACAGAUCUAGAGGAGACAGCAGUGGAGCUGCUCAAGGAGUGGGGGAAGAGUCAAGGAGCUGAAGCCCAAACAAAGAUGCUGAUAGAUGCUUUGAGAGCUUGCCAGUUGAAUAUGACUGCUGAUAAAGUAGAGGAAAGACUAGCAACCUAGAAUACACUCUUAAAUUGGAAAUUGUUGUUCAAGAAAACGGCAAACAAAAAGGUUAAAAGUAUGCAGAAAAGUCAUGAAAGUAAUUCAAGUGAUUGAUUUGAACUCCUGAAUUGUAUCUCUAUGUCCUGUUAUCUUUAUUAUUAGUAGAAUGUUGCUGUUUGGGUCUCCUGCUUUGUGAAAGCAAUGUUGCUCUCAGUGUUUCAAGGUGACAAAAUUGCUAGUGAUAGUUGUUAAUAUGACUCAUAUAUAAAAGUGUUCAACUUCUGUAUGCAAUCCAACAACUGAAAGUCAUAUGAAUAUGUUGCCAGAGCUGUUGGUAAAUAUUUUUAUUGAGGUACAGGAUCUUCUCAUCAAAUGUUCCAAAAUUAUGAAAGAUAUUUUUUAUGUCACACUAUUCAUCCAAGAUUUUGCUCUUGAUUCAGAAUUUAGAUGAAAAGGCAGGAAAUAAUUAGGAAAAGAAGCUUAUUCUGGAAAGUAAAAUGAGAUUUGUGUUGCUCUUUUUUUAUUCUUUUUCUUUGUCAACAGACAGCAUUAUAUUUUAAUGCUUUUGGUUGUAUAACCCAAAAUAUACCCCAUAUCCAACUCUUUUUCCUCGUAGGGUUUGAUGUCAUCAAACAUCAAACAAUUUCAUGCUUAAAACCACAUAACCUUUGAUUGGAUGGUUCACCCUGAUCUCCUUUCUAUGUGGCUCUCUGUGUAGCUACAGAUGGUGCUGGCAUAUGAACAUGAACUGUUGUUAGUUUGAGGCCCUUUUGAGGAAAUUCAGGACAAACAAAAUUCUUGCAUGAGACUUAAGCUUUUUUUUUAAUUUCAGCUUAAUAUUGGGAUAUAUUUCUUACACAGAAUGAAAACCCAGGUUCACCCCCAAAAACUAGAGCUGAAAGUAUAAGAGGAAGGGAUUUCCAUGCAAGAAAGGAGCUUUAAAGACCUCCAGAGUUUGUCUUUUCAGACACAGUUUGUGAUUUUAAAGUUAGCUGACUUUGAUUGCAAUACAGCAUCACUUUGUGUGUGUUUUGCAUAUUGUCUUUGGUUCAGUAUACUUACAGCACUGGUAGAGUCUGUUCAACCUAUCGAUAUCAUUUUUGCUCAUCUGAGUGGCCCCACCCAACAUUACAUUGCUAUUAGGAAUGGGCACCAUAGUGGGUUGGUUGUUCUUGGAGAAGGCAUACCUGAAAACAAAUGAAGUUAAUUUUGAUUAAUUUCAUUUUUCUGGUGAUUUAGCUCCUCAGUACAUCAUGUUCUAAUCUUUGAAAGCAUAUUUGCACUGGUUUUACUAAACACUCUUGUAUAGGAAGGUAUGCACAGACAAGUUAUGAUUGUGUAGAGGCUCUGCUCUGCUAGCAGUAUGCUGUAGGGACAGUUGAUGGUUUCUUCAUGUGAAAAUAAUAGGAACACCCAAAUUCCAAACUUCACACACAGUUUCCAUGGACUUAUGUUACUUUCAUACUUUUUUACACAUAUGUAAAUAAAAGUAUGAAUUUAUUCUUACCUCUCAUAUUGCAUGACAGAGUUGUAGUCAUAAGGAGUUCCCUGGUUUAGAGUAUCAAUCUUAUAGAAAUUGUACUCCAUGUCUGUGAGAAUAAGGAGAUAUGUGUGCAUGAGGUGUGGGAACUAAAAUAUCUAACAAAUGCACAUUUUUAUAUUAUGUAUAAUCAUUUUAAUAAAGCAUCCAUUGAACCUCA